AUGACAGCCGAGAAGAAGAAACCUGAACAAACAGACUCGAUUGUGAUCGAAGAUGCGGCGAAUGGGAAAAUCGCGGACUUCGAGACGGCGAUCACCGCCGCUGGGACCGGCAAGUUCCAGUACUUCCUCAUUCUCGCUAUUAUCCCGGCUUCCUGGGCAUCCAGCGUGGACACCGCUAAUAUGUCGAUGAUACUCGCGUCGGCGGAGAGCGAUCUGGGAUUAUCCCUGUUCAAUAAGGGCCUCCUGAACGCUAUCAUCUACGUGGGUAUGGUGAUGAGUGGUUUCAUCUGGGGAUAUCUCGCGGACGUCAAAGGGAGGAAGAAGGUCAUAUUGUACGGCUAUCUGGCGGACGGUGUCUGCAAUGUGCUCGCCGGCUUCUCGCAGAAUUUCGGCACGCUCGUGUUCUUCAAGUUCCUCAGCGGCCUGCUCGUGAGCGGUCCGCACGCGAGUCUCAUGGCGUAUUGCACGGAAUUCUACGGCGACAAGGGCAGGGCGAAGAUUCCGAUCCUCGUCGGCUUCUCCGUUCAGUUCGGAUGCGUCAUUAACGCAGUGUUGGCCUGGCUGGUGGUUCCUCAGCCAUGGUCGAUCGUCCUCUGGGACGGGGCCUUCGUCUACAAUUCCUGGAGGAUCUUCCUCUCCCUUUGCGGAGUGCCGACGAUGAUAGGUGUUUUUUGCCUCUGCUUCUUCCCGGAGAGUCCGAAAUUUCUGAUGACGCAAAAUCGUAACGAGGACGCGCUCGAGGUCUUCAAGCAGAUCUACAGCACGAAUACCGGCCUACCUAAGGAUAACUAUCCCGUACGCGCCUUGGGCGACAUGAAUUUGAACAGUGUGAUCGUGGGGCGAUCGUUAGAAUCUCGCGAAGGCAAGUCCUUCAAGGAUGGGAUCCGGCAGCUGAUGCCUAUUCUCUCGAAGCCGCAUCUGGCGCGUAUUUUGUUGUUAGUCACCGUGCAAUUCGGCGGGAUGCUGUGUCUGAACACCUUGCGCCUCUGGCAGCCGCAACUCUUCGCGACGAUAGAGGACUUUAAGAACCUCGAUAUCAACGCCGUGUCGGAGUCGAUGUACAUCGGCACUGUCAUCGUGUCGAUCACCGCGUCCGUUUUCAUCUUUUUCGCCAGCGUCCUCGUGAAUUUCAUCGAGCACAAGUAUCUCUUACUCAUCAGCUACGGAUGCGCGUUCUUGUGCCUGAUAUCCCUAGUUUGGGCCACGGACAUGUUGGUCACUCUGGUGCUCACGUGCCUGUUCGUCGGAUUGCUGAGCGAGACUUUCAACGUCCUGGUGGGCGCGACCGUUCUGCUCUUCCCCACAUCCUUGAGAGCCAUGGCGGUCAGCAUGGAAAUGAUGGUAGGAAGGCUGGGAUCCAUGAUCGGUAAUCUCGUGUUUCCGGUCUUGCUCGCGUACGGCUGCGUGGCGCCGAUCAUCAAUCUGGGGUGCUUCACUUUACUGUGCAUCGUUCUGACGUGCUUCCUGCCAAGCACGAGAAAGCACGCGGCGUGAGGAUCGUUUUUUCGGGCGCACUCGAGGACAUGAAUCGGAGGAGGAGGAGGAGGAAAAGGAGAAGAAGGAGGAACCGAAGCGUUAGGGGUCUCAGGACGGAGCCGAGAACGAGCUGCGAAGAGAGUGUCGGAGAAUCGACCGGCAGCUCGCACUUUUUACCGACCAUAUUUUCUUCCACAAUGACUCCCGUCCCCGCGAAAAUGCACGAUCGUCCGGCGGAGACUCUUCAAGGACCUGGAUUGAAGUGCUCUAUCGCGAGCUAUGAUCGAGCCCGUAUGAGGGCGGACAAUGGUCAUGCAUAUACAUGCAACACACAACCUAGAGAGACCGUACGAGAGACCUUGAGUUUCACUUUCGACACAUCCUGGAGAGCCCUCCAGCCUUCACCUACAUGCUCGUUCUCCUCUAUCCCGCGCAGCGCGCGUGGA